UAUCCUCUUUAUUUUCCACCCACCAUUUCCUUGUAAACCAUAAUUUGCUAACAUCAUUUCACCAAUUAUCCAGAAACACAAUAUUUUUACGCAAUGUCACCUUAUUUGGCUACUUCUUUCUUUUGCUCACCAAUAACUCGCUACUGGAGAUAGAGAUAAUAGAUUAGUUCUCAUGAAUUGUCCUCAUGGAUUUCUCCAACAAUUCUUCUGGAUCGAGUUCUUUGUCAAUUGGAGAGCGGAUCUGCGCAGCGUUACUUCCAUUUGCUGCGUUAAUAGAGGUUUUGAUAAUAGCAGUUAGUAAUUGCUUUGAUUAUCGACCUCGCUUUAAGAAAACUGUUUGCCGUCUCGAUGAUUUAGUUCGCCUUUCUCAUGAAUCUCGAUUUACUGUUAACGAACUGGAGGCAUUGUACGAGCUCUAUAAGAAAUUGAGUUGUUCUAUAAUUGACGACGGAUUGAUUCACAAAGAAGAACUUCAAUUAGCAUUGUUCCAAACUCCAUACGGCGAGAAUCUGUUCUUGGCAAGGGUUUUCGAUCUUUUUGAUGAGAAAAGAAAUGGUGUCAUUGAUUUUGAAGAAUUUGUCCACGCGCUCAAUGUGUUUCAUCCCUGUACUCCUAUGGAAGAAAAAAUUGAUUUUGCAUUUAGGCUGUAUGAUUUGAGACAAACUGGGUUUAUUGAGCGAGAAGAAGUCAGGCAAAUGGUGAUUGCCAUUUUGAUGGAAUCCAAUGUUGAUUUGCCGGACCAAUUACUUGAUGAUAUUAUAGACAAGACUUUUGCAGAAGCCGAUGCUGACAAGGAUGGUAGAAUUAACAAAGAUGAAUGGAAAGCUUUUGUGGUAAAACAUCCUUCUCUGUUGAAGAAUAUGACCCUUCCAUAUUUAAAGGACAUAACCACUGUAUUCCCAAGUUUUGUUUUCCACACGGAGGUUGAAGAUUGAAUCUCAAGCUUUCCCUAGCCUUUAUAAAACAAGUUGUUUAAAAAGGCACUGUUUACAUAAAGAACCGCGCUUUGCGGUCAGCCAAGGAUUUUGGUUGAAGGUUUUAUCCAUGUCAGAAGAUUCAGAACUGUUUUCCGCUGUCUAUGCUCUCAUUUAGCAGAAGCAAGAGAAGAGUGAUAGCUUCGAAGAUCACGGAUUCUUUAUCAUUGAUCCGUCAAUUAUUUAGUAUAGCAUUUCAUUUUAUUGAAUUAAUUGAGCACCCAUCUGUACAGUGAGAAAAAAGCUUCUACUAUUGCCUCAAAAUUUUGCAUUUGUUAGCCUUGGGCUUUCUCCCUGCAAACUAAAGCUGCUGAAUCUAGUGCGAAAUUUUCACAUUUGGGCAA